AGCGGCAUUUUGGAAUUUGAAAUUUUUGUUUAUCGAGGUACAUGAGAGACGGUUAUCUGGCUUUUUACUUCAGCGAAUCGUACAAAAAAUGAAUAAAAUGAGGAGUUCAACUUCUGGCUCGACAAAUCAGGGCAAUAGAAACCGAAUUCCGACCAAAGAAAAGCAAUCUAGAUCGUCGAUUAGUCAGGGCGGUCGUCUUUCUAAUACUGGUGCAAGGUUGUCAGGCAUAUCGCGUCCGAAAACAUCUUUUGGAGCUAGCAGCAGAAAAUCAAGUCAAUAUGGACGUGAAUCGUACAUGCAGAUAAAAGAAUCAAGAUUGCUUAGUGAUAAAUCUUAUCAGCAUCAAGAAAUACAAGACAUAUUGCAGUUUCUUUCGGUCAACAAUUACCAGCAUCCAAUCUCCAUGAAGACAAUGACGAUUCCAACGAGCAAAGAGUUCCUGAAAGUAUUUUCCUUCCUUUAUAGCCAUAUCAGUCCAAAGGAAAACUAUACAAAACUGAAACAAAAACCUGACGAGGAAGUACCAAGAAUUUUAAAGACUCUAGGGUACCCCUUUACCAUUCAUAAAACAUCAUUAUCCAAUGUUGGCUCACCUCACACAUGGCCAGUGCUCCUUGGUGCACUUCACUGGCUUAUGGAACUUGUCAAGUUGGCUCAAAAUGUUAAUGACACCAUCGACGAAUGUCUGUUUCCCAUGAAUGAUGAGGACAAGGUAAGAUCUUAUCUCUAUCAAAAUGUCUUUGCAGUCUGAAUGCCAUAACAUGUGAUAACAUGUGUUUCAAAUGUACCUAGUUUAAUAUGGCUGUGACAGUCAUAGAUAUAUGGGAUGUUUAUGCUUGAUUUUCCAAUGAAUUGUAUUAAUAUACCAAACAAUUAAGCGAAAUGUAAAUGUCUGACAUGAUGGGGCAAAACCUGCAAAGUAUCUUCAGAAAAUCUAAUCUAAACCAAAGCAACCACUACUAAAUCAUUCCAGAUCCAUCUCUGUAUUCAGCAGAUGUUUCUGCCACUGUUAAUGUCUCACUAUGUACACCUUUGUCUUGUUACCGCAGUUGUAUUUUGAUUACCUUGA